AUGGCAAAGACCUUCAACUCCAUAUGCUUCACCACUCUUCUCCUCGUUGUCUUGUUGAUUUCGGCCGAAAUCCCGAAGAGCGAAGCUCAAGCUUGUAACAGGUUUUUAGGUGAAGCGACAUUGUUGAAUCCAUGUAGGGAUAUCGCUUGUCAAGCUAGAUGCCCAGUGCGGUACCCCGGGUCAUGUAGAGGAGUGUGUGAGGCUCAUGACAAUGAACUGUAUCUUAUUCAUUGCCAUUGUUAUGGUAAUUGA